AUGGAGACUCAUCUGGAUGCAAAUGAUCUCUGGGAAGCUGUUCAGGAGGAGUAUGUAGUGUCAGAAUUACAAGCUAGGCCAACACUAGCACAGAUAAAGAAUCACAAUGAGAAGAAGACAAGGAAGUCGAAGCCAAUGGCUACUCUGUUUUUUGCUGUGUCAACUAAGAUUUUCAUCAAGAUAAUGACCAUAAAUGUGCUUCUAGGAUGCACCUCAAUGCUAAUUCUAGCAAAUGAUAGGUUCUCCCCUCCUUCAAUAAUUGAGUCCAUGUCUUCUUCCAUGGCCAAUUUACCUCACUCUUCCUCUGUGAACGCCGCAUUCGGCAGUACCAGCACCAUUCCCGGCGAAAUGCAAUUAGCUGAGAGGUUGGUAUUUGAUAUUAUCAAUCCUGAUCUUAGAGAAAACGCCCUUUCUGAGCUGGCCAAGAAGAGGGAACGGUUUCAAGAUUUGGGUCCAUUGUUGUGGCAUUCUUUCGGUAUUAUGGCUGUUUUCUUGCAGGAAAUCAAAGCUAUUUACCCUGCUUUAUCUCCCCCCACUCUUACUACAGAUCAAUCGAAUCGAAUUUGUAACGUUCUUGCACUCCUGCAAUGUGUCGCAUCACACAUCGAUACACGAAAUUUAUUUAUAGAUGCCGACAUCCCAUCGUUCCUAUAUCCAUUUCUUAGCCCAACUAGCAAUUUAAGGUCUUUCGAAUAUUUGAGGCUCACUUGUUUGGGUGUGAUAGGUGCCAUGGUAAAGUUUAACAAUACUAAGGUUACUAAUUACCUUAUUAAAUCCGAGAUAAUGCCAAUGUGCUUGAAUACAAUGGACUAUGGUACAGAGUUAUCCAAGACUGUUGCGACGUUUAUUGUCCAAAAGAUAUUGCUCGAUAAUGCUGGCCUCAAUUAUGUUUGUUCGACGCAAGACCGUUUUUUGGCAUUAGCACAACGUUUGGAUAAUAUGGUGAACAACUUGGUUGAGCAGCCUUCGGAUCGUCUACUCAAGCAUAUUGUUAAAUGUUACCUUAGACUAUCUGAGGAUCAAAGGGCACUUGGAGCUUUGAAGGGUUAUCUUCCGAUUAAGUUGAGAGACGGUACAUUCACAAGUUCUUUCCGUAUGGAUCCGACGACUCGAGGAUGCCUACUCCAACUUCUCAAGAAUGUAGAAGGAUAA